UCAGCUAAGUUCACACCAUCGUCUUCUUAGCCUCCACUUAAAACCCUAAAAUUCGCUUCUCAAUCUUCUCGUUUUUUACUUUGCUCCUGAACUUGAACUCAACGAUUGGUAACGAAAAUCCCAAGGUUGGGAUAUGGUGGGAGGAGGGAGCAGGAGGGAGGAGGCAACGUCGAUGAACAGCACAAACAUUUUCGCAGCUCUCGGGAGCUUGAAUAAGAAGAAGAAGAAGGAGGGAUCUUCCAAGACCAGAGGCUCCGCCGCCGCAGACGAAGAGCCGGAGAAGAAGGAGGUUUUCUGGGCUCCGGCGCCGCUCACGACGAAGUCGUGGGCCGAUGUUGACGACGAAGACGAUGACGACUAUUAUGCCACCACGGCUCCUCCUGAUUCAGCUUGGUCGAAUACGGAGAAAGCGAAUGAAAGUGAUGCUGCUGUAGAGGAAAGUGAGAGUGAGGAAGAAGAUCUUGACGAUGUGGAUGAUGAUGCUGAGGACCAACUUGAAAAUGACUUCGAGGUGCCAUUAGAUGCUAAACCAGUUCUUGAGAAGCCUCCUGAACCCUCGAUGGCUACCAAGGAAACCGAAAGACAGCUUUCUAAGAAAGAAUUGAAGAAAAAAGGGCUUGAAGAGCUUGAAGCUGUUUUGGCUGAGCUAGGAUAUCCUCAAAGAGAAUCCAGUGGCCACGAAGAUUCCCAAAAUGCAGGUCCAGAAAAGAAAGAAGAGGAUCACAUUGGUGCGGUAAAGAAGGAGAAUGUUUCUGGGGAUAGCAAAAGUGCGAGAAAGAAGAAGAAGAAAGAUAAAUCUUCGAAGGAGCAGAAAGAAUCACAAGACCAGCCUGAUGGCAUAGAUGUUGGAAAUAUAACUUCAGAAACUACUGGCAUAGAGAUGGCAGAGGAGGCAUCUACCACUGAUGUUAAAGAGCGGCUUAAGAAAGUUGCUUCUAUGAAGAAGAAAAAGUCAAGUAAAGAGAUGGAUGCUGCUGCACGUGCUGCGGCUAGUGAGGCUGCUGCAAGGAGUGCAAAGCUUGCUGCAGCUAAGAAAAAAGAGAAGGGGCACUACAAUCAGCAGCCAGUGCGGUAAACAGGCUGACAAAAUAUUUGUAUCUUUUGUUGUAAACUUUUUGGUGUCUUUUUCAAUUUAUUACCUUAUAUGAGCUUAUGCUCUUCUUGUUCAUUUGCAAAUGCAAAAUAAACGUUGAUAGCUGCUUUAGAUUUGACUUUGAGCAAGAUUUUUAUUUUCUAAUUUUACUUGAGGGAAUAGGAGUAUAUGUUGUUCAUCUUUUUCCCCUUUGCUCACUUUUGUAUGCCAAAUCUCUUCUUUGUUGAUUAAUGAAA